CACCUACCUCAGCAGCGUAAAUUUCCGCGAGUGCCUUAACACUACAUUGCGUCCAGGGGUUAAAGAGACAUCUUCUCAAAAGUUGUAGAUGAAGUCCGCAACGCGAAGCUUGCAGGCCAAGCAUUCUCAACAAGCUCGAAACCACCCCUCAGCACUAAUACUUGUCUCAUGCCGUCCAAUUCACCCUCAUUCUUCACCCUUUGCGUUGCUUCACUCUCCUCCCCACUAUCUCUUCGAGAACCUCAAAUCAGGUCUCAGACUGCCGACAUAUUCAACACCAUUUCCCAUGUUCGCGUCAACCUCGACACCUCAAGACACCUCCUUUCGUCCCUCAUCCGGUCAAACUCUGUGCAACCUCACCUCAGAUCGUAUUGUGACAGCGUGAUACGGGACACCGAGUCCGCAUUACGAGCGGUCCAGAUCUUGGUGGAGCCACUGAGACUAGACGAGAUGGAAAAAGGGAGGUUUAGUUGGGGAAGCAGAGCGCAAUGGAUUGCUCUCGACAAAUCACGACUGGCAGAAAAAAUGAAUUUGCUUAGUAUCAAUCACCAAAGCUUAACAUCCACCAUCGGAGCACUUCAACAUAUUGCGUCGAAAGUGCCACAUCAAUACGUUCCAGGAGGUGGUGACUCCAUGCUAGUACGACCAAGCUCUGGAAUCCGUAGUCCGCCAAUGCCAAAUUAUUACUCGCCGCAUCCAUCUUUUGGACCAUCUGGAUAUCCACAAAGCUAUUAUGGACAGGGCCGCGGAUCUCCGGAACCAACGCCGACAUAUGAGCCGAAUCCGGUUAUGAAUUGGAAGCGGCAGACCAGGCAGCCUAUAUUCAAGUACCGGGACGAGUCGCUUUCGUCGAAUGCUGGAGCUGCUUAUGAACUUCCGAAUUCGCCGGUCGACCUGAACAAAAAGUGGUCUUUAUCUAGUCAGGACGAUCGCGGAGUGUUAAUGCAGCACUCCUUGGGAAACCAAUACCUUUCUCCGCCCCAGCAGACAGCAGUAUCACCAGCCGCAUCUGCACUCGCAGUCCUAGAAGGUAACCAUGAUCUACAAAACACCCAAGACGUUAGGGACCAGAAAAACAUAGACACAAAUGUGGGGACGCAGGAAACUGGGGUGCGGGACGAACCACCAGUGCUGGAUGAAGCAUCAGAAGCAAAUUCCAUUCGAGAUUCGGGUGGCGGACUCGUAUCAGGGGAAACAUGACUGGGAGAACAAGUAGGAAGUGGCCGAGGUUUGAGCGGUGCGGCAUCUAUGAUAUUAGGGAUAAGAUCAAAAGGGAUUCAGACAACGGGAAAUGUAAG